AUGACAUCUUCAGACUUCCGAGCCAAGGUCUUGGGGUACAAUGACGUGCAUCCCUUCUGUGAAGUGAAGCUUUCAGACAGAGAGUCUGUCCAGGAUUUACUAAAAACUAUCCUCGACCCUCUCCAACAGCAUUUCUCUCCACAAUGCUCUCGUAUCAAGGUCCCCGGUGCUACAGCCGUGCGCUUCGACAAUACUGCGUCGGAGAUUGAAGGCUAUGCCCGCCCACUUUGGGGACUGGCUUCUAUGCUUGCUGGUGGUGGCACUUAUGAGAACACGCCGCGCUGGAUUGAAGGUCUGAAGGCGGGCACAAAUCCAGAGAGCGAAGAGUACUGGGGGCAGUCGGAGGAUAGCGAUCAGCGUAUGGUGGAGAUGUGCUGUAUCGGCUGGACUUUGGCUGUGGUGCCGGCAUUUUGGGAUGCGCUGGAUGAGAAAGAGAAGGGGAAUGUGGAGAGGUAUCUUGGAGGGAUUAAUGAUAAAGUCAUGCCAAAUACAAACUGGCUGUGGUUCCGCGUCUUUGCGAACCUGGGAUUACUCCGUAAUGGAGCAAAGCACUCCCCGGAAAUGCUAGUCCAGGACAUCAAGCACCUUGAUUCCUUCUACCGCGGUGACGGCUGGUCAAACGACGGGCCUGAGCACAUUCACCAGAUGGAUUACUAUUCCGGCUCCUUUGCUAUCCAAUUCCUCCAGCUUCUCUACGCCAAGCUAGCCGGAGAACAGGAUCCAGAGACGAGCGCAGAGUUCAAGCGCCGCGGAGAGAUGUUCGCGCUCGAUUUUGUCCUUUACUUCGACGAAGAAGGCCGAGCUCUCCCGUUCGGUCGUUCGAUCGGAUAUCGAUUCGGCAUGAUUUCAUUCUGGGGCGCCAUCGCCUACGCCGAGAUUGACCUACCUGCACCUUUGACCUGGGGAGUCGUGAAGGGUAUUGUGCUGAGGAACCUGCGCUGGUGGCAGACGCAGCCGGAUAUUUUUGGUCCGUCAGGGACACUUAAUCUUGGAUACUCAUAUCCCAAUAUGUACAUGCUCGAGAAUUAUAACAGUCCUGGAUCACCAUAUUGGGCGUGCUUGGCCUUCAUCUGCUUAGCUGUUCCAGAGUCACAUCCAUUCUGGGCAUCAGCUGAGGAACCCUACCCAUCCAAACAACUACCCGUCAUCAAGAGUCUGAAGCAUCCCAAACAUAUCAUCACGUACCAUGGGGGCCACAGGAUGCUGUUGUCGUCAGGCCAAGCUUGUGGCUAUCCAAUGAAGUCCACUCAUGCGAAGUACGGAAAAUUCGCAUACUCCAGCGCUUAUGGAUAUUCCGUCCCUCCAGGAGGAUACACACUCGAACAGUUUGCGUUGGACUCGACAUUGGGGUUGUCAGACGACGAAGGGGAGGUCUGGAAGACGCGGAGAAAUUGUGAGGAGUCUGGGAUAGAGGUUCAUGAUGAUUUGCCCGUCUUGGUAUCCGUGUGGAAGCCAUUCAAGGACGUAACCAUCAAGACAUGGCUCAUUCCGUCUACGGAAAAACACCCUAACUGGCACAUCCGAGUUCACAGGAUCGAGGCUGGCCGCGACGUCAUGACUGCGGACGGAUCUUUCGCAAUCUACAAUAUUGCCAAGGCCGAUGGUCGAGCCCUGCGCCCCUACAAGUCGGAGAUCGCUGAAGGGACAUCACCCCGCAUAGUUGGCAACUACGACCUAGACGCAGAGGGCGGAAGCAACCCGGGCGCCGAAGGAGCAUUUGCAGUAUCUAAAGGUGCCGUGGGUAUCGCCGACCUCGAGAUUGCCGACCUCGAGCGGCCGAGCAAUCGCACGGCCAUGAUUGUUAAUGCGGAUCCAAACUCCAAUAUUGUGGAGAAGAAGACUAUCAUUCCCACUCUGCAGCACACGAUCAAGGCCGGCUCGACCCAGUGGUAUGCCACAGGCGUUUAUGCAAAGCCUUCUAACCCCGGAGUUGCGCCAGAGAGCUAUCUCGACGGCUGGGAUUCCAAGCCUGCGGUUCCAGAUUGGAUUCGAGCAUUGAUCAACGGACAAUCCUAA